UCACUCUUUAAGAUCACCCAAAUCUCAAAAACCCCAACUUCUUUCUCCUCUCUCUCUAUACAUAUAGAGAGAGAAAAAUUGUUGUGUGUGUACUUUUUGUUUGUUUGUUUGUGGGUUUGGUUUGGGUGGUUUUGAUUCCAUGGCCGCCGGUGUCGAGGCGUCUUAUGGUGAGGAAGCUCCUGUGGUUCAGUCCUCACCCAACACUGACACUGUUAAGAAUAAUGGUAAUGUUGAUGCUGAAACCAAUGUUGAAUCUGUGAAUACUGGUGAUUCGAAAUCGGAAUUCAAAAAAAUGCAAGACAUCGUCGACAUGUUGUCGAAGCUGAAGUUGAAUCCUCUGGCCAAGGAAUUCUUUCCUUCUUCUUAUCUGAAUGAUCGUAAUCGCGAUCAAUUGGCUCCCGACAAUUUAUCUCCAGUUAAUAAGCAUUUGGGCAGUGAUGGGUUCCCCAACAAUCGAAGGGUAUAA